AAAUAUUUGUUAUUAUCAAAAUAUAGAUUAUUCUUGGAUUAAUAUUUGGAAUCGAGUCAACUACUCGAUAUAUAUAUAUUUUUUAAUUUAAAAAAAAAAAUCUAAAACCCCAUUUUCGGGUAAGCUAAACCCUUGUGAUACAAGAGGGAGCACAGCAAUCCCCCAUGGCUCACCGACGGGGCAUCCAGUUACUAUCACGCCGUGCGGCGGCUCUCAUCUCCCUCAAAUCGACACCUCCUAUCUCCGUCUUCAAAACCCUAACAUCGAAUCCCCAUCUCACAAAUCUCAUACCCAGUUUGGAUCGGUCCCAGUUCACCCUCUGGCCCCAAGCUCGCUACUUCUCGUCGAGCAAAGACGAUGAUGGCAGUGAAGACGAUGACGAAGACGAAAAAGAAGAAACCAUUGACGUAGAGGGCGAUGCAACGCUGGAGUCGACAAGGGAGUACUCGCCGGAGGAGAAGGAAGCAGAGGCAGCUGCUAUCGGGUACAAAGUCGUGGGUCCGCUCCAGCGAUCUGAUCGGGUCUUUAAACAGUACGAGCCAGUUUUCGCGGUGGUUCAGAUUGGGUCGCAUCAGUUUAAAGUCAGCAAUGGGGAUUGUAUUUUUACGGAAAGGUUGAAAUUUUGCGAAGUAAAUGACAAGCUUGAAAGCAGUAGAGGUUCCUCCUCUUCUUCUGGAAUCGUGUCCAUCUGUCAGUCACUGGUUGUGUUGAACUCCCUGAGUAGGGGCAGACUAGAGGAGGCAGGGGAUGGGCUACACCCAGAGUAGAAAGUAGAAAAUCUCACACAAUCAGGCCCAAUACAACUUGAUUUGGAGAGUUAGUUGUCCCCCAUUUUUUUGGUUCCCUAUAAAAGGGUUUUCAUAUGGAUGCACGUUGCAAAAUCAAAUUGGAGCAAAUAAGCUUCUACACUGACUGACAGUUGAUGAAGUCUCACCAUUUAUGUGCCUUUCAUGUUACCAGUCAAACCAUUUAUUUUGUUGGAUCAAAUUGAGUCACCAAACUUACCUGUAAAUUCCAUAAGCUUAUGAUUCAUUUUCAUUUGAUCAAAUGCAAAGCCAUUGGCUACAACUGAGUGCUUUGACCAUGUUCAUCUCUGUUACUGUUAGCCAACCGCAGUCUAACUGGCAGCAGAUUUAUGGCGUAUGUGUUUCUGUUCCAACCGAUCCUAAUGGAUGGUAGAGAAUGCAUCUUUUGGAGUUAUGUUGCAUUGACGUAGUUAAAACUUAUUACUCUAGUUUCUAUUUUCAGUUUCCUCUGCUGAAUUUUAAUCAGUUUUGUAGGUUAAUGUGCCUCAGAGAAAAGCUUCAUAUCUUCUCAAUUUAUUGAUUUCUGAGUUAGCUUCUUUGACUUUUUAUUGCAGUUAAUUUUGAAUAAGGUUCUCCUGCUUGGCUCAGCUACUCAAACAAUUGUUGGUAGGCCUAUUGUGUCACAUGCAUCUGUUUGUG